AUGUCCUUUCGCCAGAAAGUGGCGUCCGUGCUGGCCGUGCUCGUGUUGUUCUCCCUCGCGCCAACAUCGACGUAUGCUAGCUCACCAGCAAAAUCGGUGCCGACGCUGGCCCUUUUUGACAUCAACAACUCCCGAAUACUUUCGACGACGGGCACAUCCGAGGCCGUUUCUCUCGGGCAGCGCAGCCUCUUCGUGUCGCGGUAUGAUCCAAACCCUUCCGUCUCCGUAGCCUCUCUCACAUUCUAUGGCUCCGAAAACAGCUACGCGACUCGCACGUUUGACUUUCUCACUGUUCCCUACUGCGUGGUCGAGUCUGGGACGACCGCGGCGUGCAAUCUUCACGACCACAUGCUAUACAUGAUGUUCCGCUUUCGCCAUCGCUAUGAAACCGACUUUGACGCCAUUGUUUGGCAAGACCCCACGCCUCUGUCGAGCACGGUCAAAGCAUUGGAGGAUUUCAAGGCGCACUUGAAUCGCUCAGACGUCGUGUACCCGGAGAACGACGGGUCCAUGCGCAUGGAGGAAAGCGCUACGUGCUCCGACAUUAUGGACGAGUGCUACCUCUCACGAGCGGCGACAUACACGAGAAGCUACAAAGAAAUCGAUCCUGCCCAGUACUCCGCCAGAUUUCUCUUCCGCGUUGGCAAGCAGUAUACAAUGAACGGCCCGUUGCGCGUCCGCCUCCACAGCAGCCUCCCACACGAUGCCGAGACGGUAGUAGACGUUGUGCUCGUGCUAUCCCGACAACCGUCGUCAAACCCGCUCAACCAUCGGUGGUGGAUCGAGAGCGUGACAGGUCGCUUGGCACUUCUUGUGGUGAGCGUCGUGAUAACAUUUUCCUUCCUCACUGUGACGCGGGAGGUUGGAGCGCUGAUGGCGCGCCAGCGAACAGGCGAAGACGUAUUAGUACCAACACUGCUCUACAGCGAAGAGGCCAGCGACGGCCCUCUCGUCUUCUUUCAGCGCGUCGCAAAGGUGGCGUCAAACAGUCUGCAGGGGGGUGCGGCGUAUGUGUGGGCCAAGAUUCAAGAACUCAUAUGCGUGAAUGCUUGCUGCGCCUCGCGCCUCCGAUGGCUGGGGGUGCGAUGCCCCCGUGUGCCUGCUCGCGAGCACACCGCAGAGUCGGAGCGCGAGAUCACCGCCCUCAACUCGACGGCCUUCUCGGAGGAAGAGGACUCGGAGCCGACGUGCCGCAUCUGCCGCUGCUCAGAGCCGCGUGACGACCUCUUCGCCCCAUGCGCCUGCAACGGCUCGAGCAAGUUUGUGCACCACACCUGCCUCGAGCAGUGGCGACAGAUGACAAGCAACCCACAGCACCGUCGCGUGUGCGCGGAGUGCAAGACUCCGUACACUUUCGUGCGCGUCGUCGUUCCGCAGAAUCCUGACCUUAUCACUGGCACCCCCAUCAUCGAGUCAGUCGUUCGGCACUUCGCGGCAAAGUUUUUGUACCUGGCGAUGACAGUGCUCUUCGCCGUAGGUGGGGCGUACUCCUUGAAGGCUGCAUUUUUCUCGGCAACGCUGUGUGACCCCGGCGUCGACUGGGGCUUCUACCACGGCUACCAUUGGGUUCUCACCGCGUAUUUUCUGGCUGCGUUGGCUCUCAAUCUGAGCAUAAUGGAGCCCUUCGUGAGGGACACGAGGUCGGCAGGGGUGCAGUUGCUGUUUGUGCUGCUAUCACUCCUGUUCAUUGAGAUUCCCAUGAGCUACGCAAUGUCCGCCUUCCUCAGCCUCAUCUUCGACCAUCUUUUCACCUGGGAGGUCUCGUACGGUGCUGGCCUUGCGUCCGCGGUAUUGCUGCACCUGAUGGACACCUUUUCCAAUUUCGCCAAGAUACUCGACUCUUUUUCGGAGGAGCGGGAGGCUGUCGCCGCAAGAGCCGAGAGCUAG